AGAGGUCAGAGGGAGGAAAUUGGGCAUGGCUCCACUGUUACCUUUACAGCUUUUUAAUAAUUAACUUUGGAUUUUAAAAUAUUUGCAAAAGAAUUUUUCUUAUCUUUUCCCAAAUAUUCUCAUUUUUAUAUUCCAAUAAUUCUCACUAACUUUGCAUUUAUUAAAUCCCAAUUUCCGAUUAAUUUUUUUUUCCAAAACGGACUUGAAUCAUUUCCUUAACCAGAAUUAAUACCUUGAAUUUUGCAAAUUAAAAAUUGAUUUACUAUUCGAAUUCCCACUACUUAAUUAUAAUCCCCUUAUUUUAUUUUCCAUUUUCCAACUUUAUUUUCCUGCUUUCUCCUCCUUUUCCUGCAAAAACCCUAAUUUCACUACACUUGAAGAAGAAUUUCUGAAUGCCAAGGAAAGUUUGAUUCUUUUUUUUUUUUUCUAUUUUUCUGGAAUUUUUGAAUCCAUUUCAAGCUCUGUGCAUGUUCUGCAAUGGCUGAGUUUGAGCAGUGGGGCAGUGUUUGGCAGUUAGAUUGACCGGUAUCAACUGUAGAAGAAGUAGCUCUCCUUGUCAGAUUUUGAUUCUUUCGCGUCCAGUACAGCUUCUGCUGUUUUUGAGGUUUUACUGAAUUUGAACUUGGGUUUCUGAAAUGCUUUGUGUGGCUUGAUUUUUUGUUUUUGUACUUUGUUCACAGAGAUUUUCCCCCCCAAUUGUUGUUCUGGUUUUUGGUUGUGGGAUUUAAAGUUUUUAUUGUUGCUGGGGUUUUAGUUUAUUAGGAUUUUGAUUUGGGUUCUGCUAAUGGAGGGAAAAGAAGGUACAAAUGGUUCUGGCGUAACAGUGACAGGGGAAGAAGCUCCAGAGAGCUAUAGAGUGGUGGCCAGGAGUGAAAAUCCUGGCCAAUUAACUGGAUCAACGGUGGCAGCGGCGGUGGUAACAGCGGCCGCGCCGGUUAGUGCGGUGGCGCCGGGUGCGAAGGUGAAAAAGAAGAGGGGCAGGCCAAGGAAGUAUGGGCCAGAUGGGACCCCAUUGUCACCGAUGCCGAUAUCGGCGUCGAUUCCGCUCACCGGAGACUUCUCAUCCUGGAAACAGGGUCGAGGGCGGCCUGUUGACUCGUUCAAGAAGAAACAUAAGUUAGAUUUUGAGAAUCAGGGUGACAGAGUUUCUUACUCUGUUGGUGCAAAUUUCACACCACAUGUGAUCACUGUUAAUCCAGGCGAGGAUGUUAUGAUGAAAAUCAUAUCAUUCGCUCAACAAGGAUCUAGAGCUAUUUGCAUUCUCUCAGCGAAUGGUGCAAUUUCAAAUGUUACCCUGCGUCAGCCUAAUUCUUCUGGCGGUACUCUAACAUAUGAGGGUCGUUUUGAGAUACUUUCUUUGACUGGCUCAUUCAUGCCAACUGACAAUGGAGGAACAAAAAGCAGAUCUGGUGGCAUGAGUGUUUCAUUGGCAGGUCCAGAUGGUCGCGUUUUGGGUGGCGGGCUUGCUGGUCUGUUAGUUGCUGCUGGCCCUGUUCAGGUUGUGGUUGGCAGCUUUUUACCUGGCCAUCAUCAGGAGCAGAAGCCCAAGAAGCCGAGGGUCGAGCACAUAAUAAACUUUUCUGCCCUUCCAGUUAACCACUUGCCCGGAGAAAGGACAGAUGGAGUCUAUGGCGGUCCAAAGCCAAUCCCUACACCAUCCUCCUCCUUCCACGGAGAGAACACAGCUGCUCCAAACUCGAUCCAGGUUUCGAAGAAUUUAGCCUCAGAAGGCGAAAUAUCCUUAGCCGGUGCAGAAACCAAAGACCCAAGCCCACAGGAGUGCAAGGUUUCUUGCUGAUCAUGCAUUGCACCAUUUUACCUUGGCUGUAUCUAUGCUUUCUUCCAGUAAACUUGAAAGGUUAGGCUGUCUGACCAGUUGACUAUCACAGGACAAAAUUAGGGUUUAACAUGAGGCUACUUUUAAACUGAAGUUGUAUUUGUAGGAAACUAGGUUAGGGCAUCUUCCUGGCAGGCUUUUAUUCUGCAAUUUGUUGUCAACAUGUAUCAGCUUGGUUGUGUCAUUUGUUGAUGUAGUGAUUUUUAUCUUCGUGACAACUUGUUUGUCACUCUUUCCACUUUGUCUUAUCUGUAUCCUAACUUUAAAGGACUGGAUUUUAAUUGGAUUUUGCUGUUUUUCUUUUUACCAUGAAUGACGAGUUUGUUUUGAAGCAA